AUGCAAGGGUGGGCUGGGAAGGCUCUCGUUGUUAUAAUAAUCACUUCCAUCUUUUUCCGAUGCGUCUGUGCGUACAACCACUCCGUCGGCGGACCUGCCGGCUGGGACCUCCGUUCGAAUCUCCAAUUGUGGUCUGCUGCGACCAAUUUUCUUGUUGGUGACAAUCUAGUGUUCAGAUACACGCCGAACCACGACGUGGUGGAAGUUAGCCAGCUUGGUUAUGACACCUGUGUAAUCUCCAAUGCCAUCGGCACCUACGAUGAUGGAGAGACUGUAAUUCAACUCACUGAACCAGGAAUUAGGUACUUCGUCUGUGGGCGAGCAGGGCACUGUCAACAAGGACUCAAACUACAGGUCCAAGUUCUUGCACUGCCCAGCAAUGGAACCGAUGGUGGUCGUCCUCCGCGACCCAGGCUCCCUCCAAGGAAACCUCCUCCUCCUCCUCGAAGAUCUCCUCCUCCACCUGCCCCUCGCACGCCAUCCUCUCCGUCUUCUCUGCCAUUUCCUCCACCUGCUGACGUACCUGUACCAGUUUCCGGUGUUGAUAACAUCAAGGUGGAUACGCCAUGGCUGUUCCAAGGAUUGGUGCCCAUGAUUGCGAUUUAUACUCUCUUCGCGCUAGUUUGA